CAAUCAUGUUUAUUCAAACUGUGCGUGAGUUAACGUAGCUGCAUAGAUAAGGAUAGGGUUGUUUAGCAAUGUUUGAGAAUCAACGUCUUUAAGUCGUUUUGUUUUCCGAUUGUUUUGUUUUGAUGAAAAAUUAUUUUAAUACGGCACAAACUAAUUUAAUAAAAAGUACACUAAAACAGCGGCAAGCAAGAAAAUUAUCAAAUUGGAUUUAAUUGGAUUACACUCGAGUUGCAUUAUUAUGAAACUUAUCUGUCUGUGGGUUUUUGUUUGUUUGUUUUGGGCUGGAUCAAGGGCUGAAAGUUGUUUGUCGUGCAAUCCCGAAGAAUGUCUGCCUGUGACUGAUUGCGUGGCAGGAAUCAUAAAAGAUCAAUGUGGAUGCUGCGAUGUAUGUGCGAAAUCAGAGUUUGAACUUUGUGACCACACGCGUCUCCCGUCGCUCAACAUGUAUGGCAAGUGUGGAGAGGAUCUGGAAUGCACAAUCAGGACAGAUUUGAAUGAAGGAGAAAGCCAGGAAGCGAUUUGUUAUUGCAAAUCCCAAGAAUCAGUCUGUGGCACGGACAACUUUACUUACGAUAACAUUUGUCAGUUGAGGGCUUCAGCUGUGGUGACCAAAAGCGGAGUAACUUUAGCUAGGGAAGGACCUUGUAAUACGGCUCCCGUCAUUAUUGUUAACCCUGAAAACGUGAAAAACGUAAGCGGAUCGAGCAUUUCAUUAUCGUGCGAAGCUAAAGGCUUUCCAAUCCCAGUCAUCGAAUGGACCUGGACAAGAGUGGACAAACAAACUGUCACCCUACCAAGUGAUGACCUUCACGUUUCGAUAAACAUGAGAGGAGGACCAGAAAAAUAUCACGUGUCGGGCUGGCUGCAGAUCAUAGGACUGAAGAAGGAGCACGAAGGAGAUUAUUCUUGCAUUGCCCAGAAUGAUUUCGGAUUCGUGAAGAGUUCCGCAAGAGUUAAUGUUGUUAGAUCUGGGGAUCGUUUUAAAGGUGAAUUCUAGAAUAAAUCCAACGCCAGACUGAAGCGAAUUUAUUUAUACAUACCUUUAAAAUAACAGUUUGUUUUGACAACCACCAGCUUUUUUUUAUUGUAACUUUUAAUAGAAUGUUUCAUUUAUUAACGAAUUUAGAUUUUUUAGAUGUUAUGUCUUUAUCUCCUGGCACGAUUUCAAAUAUUUUGUAAACGAAAAAGUAUGAGUAUCAGUAUGUUAUCUGAAAUGAUAGGCUGUUAAUGUUUCUAAAAAGCAAUGUAGGCUGUGUUUGCCAACCAUAUAAUGAAUAGUAAUGUUAAACAUUUAAAAGUUAUCAAUUAAAAUUAAUUGUUUUAUGAAACUUGAAAUAAAAAUUAUUUGUUUUUAUGCAUGAAAUAGUUUUUACUGACG